AUGACAUCCUUUCUCCGCCAGAUCGUGGCUGGUCCGCGAUUGCAACACCCAGAAGCUGGUCUGGAUCUAUGCUAUGUGACAGAUAAUCUCAUCGCGACGUCUGGCCCCUCCUCUACAUACCCCCAGCGUGCCUAUCGUAAUCCGACCGACGCCUUAGUGCGCUUCCUAGACUCCAAACAUGGAGAAAAUUGGUACAUUUGGGAGUUCCGGGCCGAAGGCACGGGAUAUCCUGAUUCUGAAGUGUAUGGACGGAUCCAUCAUUUCCCAUGGCCGGACCAUCACCCGCCACCAUUUGCGUUGAUCCCACCCAUCAUGGCGACCAUGCGAAAUUGGCUACAAGGAGCAGACACAGAGGGCAAGCAGCAAACAAAGGGGGAAAGGGUGGCGGUGGUGCACUGUAAGGCAGGUAAAGGACGCAGUGGGACCGUCGCCUGCAGCUAUUUGAUCAGCCAGGAAGGCUGGAAGAUGGAAGACGCGCUGCAACGGUUCACCGAACGAAGAAUGAAAGUCGGGUUUGGGAAUGGCGUCAGCAUUCCGAGCCAGAUACGCUGGGUUGGCUAUGUUAACCGGUGGGCGAAUCAAAUGGACAACGUCUACGUGGAGCGGCCGGUGGAGAUCCUCGAGAUACACGUCUGGGGAUUGAGGGAUGGGGUUAAGGUCGCCGUGGAGGGCUACGUGGAUGAAGGCAAGAAGAUCAAGUGCUUUCAUCUUUUCAAGCGCAGUGAGCGCAUAAUCGUCGAUGACGGGAAGACCGUCCCGGUCAGUAAUCCACGGAGGGUGAAUUUGCAGAAAGUGACGCCGGCAAGUUCUUCUCUAUCGUCCUCAUCUAUAAAUAUACCCGUUCGGCCGACAGAGACUGUUACAUCACCGACGUCCCCAGGUGAAUUGGAAAGACCUCCGACUACUAUUAAGCAGAUAUCUGCUGUCAUUUUGCGGCCGAGCCAACCGGUGAUUCUGCCUACAUCUGAUGUGAACAUCGAUUUCGAGCGGCACACCAAAGCCGCUUACACAGGCUGGGCAAUGGUGACGUCCAUUGCGCACGUCUGGUUCAACGCCUACUUCGAAGGGGGUGACAAGCACGACUCUGGAGUCUUCGAGGCGGAGUGGGACUCUCUCGACGGGAUUAAGGGGAGUAAGAUGAAGGGGACGAAGGCUCUUGAGCGGGUGAAGGUUGUAUGGCGAUACCCUUCGUCCACGCAGGUCGGAGUACCAGAGCCGGAGAAGAAGGGGAAGGAAGCAAAGGACGCUGCGACACCUGGAAAGGUCAUCUCGCUCCCGAAACCAGGAGAACCCGUUCCAGAGAGCCAUGCUGCAGAUUGGCGUGGUGAAACUGUGACCCGUGACGAAGACUGUCAGUCCUCGCGGGAUCAGAGGAAUAAUCCUUUAUAUCCGCCCGUCCCUUCUAGGGAAACCUCGCAGAAGAAGAGCAAUCCACUCUUCCGGAAACUCAGCAGGAAGAAGCCUGGAAACGAGCCCAACGGUGUGGCUGGACUAGGGCUGCGUAAACAGACCACGGCCCGUCGAGAUAUCAGCCUCGCAACAAGCGUCGAGGACUUGAAACAACAGGAGGAAGAGGAGCAAGAUUUGGGACAGAAGGUCCAAGAGGAGAAAAGAGAGAAGGAAGAGGCAGACACCGAUAUGGAGGGCGUCAAGUCUUACUUCAAGGAUGAGAAGGACAAUGGCAACGUCGUCACCACAGACCCAAAGCCAGAGACAUCGCAAACAGCAGCGGCAGCAUCGUCUAGCAAGGGUUGCUCCGAUCCUCUAGACGGAGGACAUGAUCUGCUCUCCCCCUCCCCUUGA